AUGCACCGGGCCGGGAGCGGGGCCGGAGCCGCCGCGAUACAGACACCCGGGAGCUUCCGAGGGUUUGGCAGGAGGAGCCGGCGCUGCAGCGCUGUGGACAGAGGGGACUUCACAGGCGGCAUCUAUGGCACCAGCCUCCCGCUCACCAGCCUCUCCGACUCCCGCCAGAAUAUACAUACCAGUGAUUUGGAACAUGAUGUCCACCUUCCUGAAAAUAAAUACUGUCUGUCAGGAGACGAGACUGGCACAGGAGGUGUUCUUUCAAGCAAGUUGCACAAGGAUGCUUACACAACAGCAGUGGAACAACUGGCAGAUCUUAGGUUGUCAAAAAAUAGGACUAGAAGAACACAGCUCAGUCAAAAUAAUAGCAAGGAAGGGAUGUUUUGUUCCUGGAGAUAUACACAUGAUCAAAGCAAUACUACUGUGAACAGAGACUCCAAUAAGCCUCUAGUGGAAACUCUUUCCAGCUCACAGGGUAAUUCUUUAAACUUCUUUACUGUUAAUCCCACAUUGAUGGGGGCCCGUCUGAACAGCUAUCACACAGUGUCUUACCGGGGACCUCAGCAGCUGCCAUUAGGAAUCUACUGGACAAAUGGAGAUGGGGAUUUUUUCAAGGCCAGAAAUGAAACCACAGCUUCUGACUCCUAUCCUGCUACAGAAAGUAGUAGUGAUGACACUCUCUGUGUGUCCAAAUGGAAUUUGAAGUUGCGAAACAGUAGUGUUGAGAACAGUCUUUUAACAGAGGAAGGUGAUGUAUCUGAGAGUGAAAAAGUGAAUGAUGUUUUGCUUAGUUAUUUCAAAUAUAUGGAUCUGAACUUAAGACCAGAAACUAUAGAAAACAUUGAAAAAGCUUCCUCCAAGCACCAAAAUGAAGUGUUUCCAUACCCUGAUUUUCUCCCGCCACCUUUCAAUAACCUGGACUUACAAAAGUUGGCCUUAUCAAAAUGGGAUGACUGGAAGGAAGUCUUUAAUCCACCACCGGAAAGCUCUGUUGUGAAAUUAAUAUCUCGUCUGUUGGAAAUUGAACGGAUGCAGCACCUGACUAUAUUAAAAGAGAAGACAAGAGUCCUGACAGUAUCUUCCAAUAUGAUGCUUGGCAAUCGACCCAGUUCCACAAAAUCCAUGCAUCAGUUGAAGCAGUCAAGACUAUCUGACCCUUUAUGUCUUCAGACACCUUUUAAUCGAGACUGUCAAGAGAAAAAUAAAUCCAACCGUUCUGGCUGCUGCACGCAUGAGUGGAACAGCUCAACAUGCACUUGGGAGAACUGUCAUAAUUGCAAAUGGAGUGCUGGAACAUCCUCCAUUAGAAGUUCAUCCACAAAGCAGCUUAGAGCAUCUUGUGAUGCCUUUAAAAGCUCUAAACCCCCCAUCAUUUUAAACUCUAACAUGCUCUUGCGGAGGUCUUCCUCAUGCUGUGUGGCGGCACCAAGAACUCAAUCAACUGUUAAAUUGACUUCCCCAAAGCUACUGCCACCAAGUACAGCUAUAUCCAGUCCUUUCCCUGAUAAGGACAGUUUAAAAUAUAAACAGCCAAGGACCAAAAAGAAACUCUACAGAAAAAACGUAGUAACGAGUAAGACUUUUCAUUGCCAGAAGUUAAAAUCUGUAUCUGCUAUGCCAAAGCAGAAGUACACUCACACUGACAAACAGUAA